CUUCUGUUAAGAAUAUAUCUGAAUCCCAAAGCCUGGCAGAAUUCCGCCGAUUUCGACGACCUAGCUAGUGACGUAAAUCAAGAGCGCCACCUGGAGCUUAUCUCAGAGGAUUUCAACGAACGGAAUGCGAGUGAAAACCCCCCCACGUACAAUGAAAAAAUGUUAGAGAUGCAAACACAGCAACGACUGGGGGAGGCACCUUCCGGGCAGCCGCCUUCUGGCCAGUCCACGCCGCAGAGCACGCGGAGAAAGAUUGGCGAAGAGAUCAGCCCGCUUCAAGAGAGCGCCAUAGAAGAGGAAGAUCACUUGCAAGGGAUAACAAAAAUAUGGAACCUUCCCACAGAAACUAAGAAAAAGGAAAACAAGUCCUCAAAGUGCAGUGGCACAAUUUUGAAAAUAUGCAGAGUUGUGCUGUUUUUUGUUUUGACGCUAUUGCUGCUUUCAUGCGGCAUACUGCACAAGCUUUACUUCUUGACCCUUCUUAACAAUCUAUCACAGUCUAAAAUUGAAAACAAGAAGAAUCGAGCAAUUUCAAUUCUCGUGUGCAUUGCAUUUUUUGAAUUCUUUACAUCUCUUAUAAUUCUUUGGAGAGUUAUUUUCCAAGGUCAGAAGACUAAAUGGACAAAACGUCACAUAGCGACAGCUAUCCUGCAGGCCGUGACCACCAUCGGAGAGGUCUAUUUGAUUAUCUAUGCGCUUCCAUUACUGGACAGUUUGAGGAUAUGUUUAGUUCUAACAACACUACCAAUCGUUCCAAGCAUAUGCCAGUUCCUGACUUUAAUUUGUCGGCUAAAACAAAAGAGUCGCAUCAGAAAGAGUUCUUUCCUCAAACUUUGUGCAGCUGUUUUCCCGGUUUUGGCACUGGCAGGGAGUGUUUUAGUAUUUAUGAAGUGGCUAAUUCCUUUUGAUAGAGACCCGCAUCUAAAAUGGGCGUUACCAACUCUUUUGAUAUUUAAGUCAUUAUGCUAUUUGGAUAAUUUCCUUUGCUUUAGAAGGAGAGCUGCAUAUGCUACACAACAAACAACAGCGGAAUCGGACUCCCAAGACUCGGAGACACGCGAAUCUAAAAUAAAAGAGAAACAGUACUAUGCCGAAAAUAAACAAGAAUUUAUACGAUUAACUGUUCGUUGGUUAACAUGCUUAAUGUUUAUCGUUUCGAUUUUGCUGAAUUUAGACAUAAAACUAAUUGAAUCAAACAACAACAAAAACAAUCUAACAGCUGAAACAUUACUGACAAACGAGGAAUUCACACUAUGUGGAAACAUUUCGUCCAAUUUAACAAAUUCGACUCCAGUGCAACCACAUGACGAGACAUUGGAAUCGAAAAACCAUUCCAUUUUUAACCAAUUACUGGAGUUUUAUUACUUCGUUAAGUUUGAAGUUAGGAUAUUGGCAUGUUCACUUGUGAUUUCUCAAACAGCUUUGUUGGCUUGUCGAUUGUCAAUGCAGCAAUUUGCAUUUGCCUUGCCACUCAUUCUUACCCCGCCGUUAUCAACAAUUGCUGUUGUUAGACUUUCCUGCAAUAACUUUCUUGAAAGUAUCCAGUACAUAUUCGGAAUUGAUUUGACAUGUUCUAUGCCUGUAGACUAUCAGUUUUUCAUAACGAGUGGGGCUUUGGCUUUGAUUGCUGUAAUCACGUUAACGUGGUACAUCUGGGUUCCUCUGGUCGAGCGAAUGGCAAAACGGGAAAGGUUGUUUUCUGGUAGUCUUUACGAUUUCUUCUUUCCCGAUUUGAACAUGCUCCUGCGAAGGAGAAAUGACCAUGAAAUUGGAGAGCUCCAUACGGACAGGAUACAACAGAGUGAUGACAUUCCAAAAGUCAUCAUCUGCGUAACAAUGUGGCACGAAACCUGCAAAGAAAUGUGUCAGCUUCUAAAGUCUAUUUGCAGAUUAGAUUUGCACUUAUUCAUUCGAGUGGAAGCCGACAACGAAGAAGGUGAUGGAAAACAAGACCCUGAUAAAAUUGAAAUUGAAGUUCAAAUAGUAUUUGACGACGCAUUUUGCUUAACAAAAAACGGUCGAGAGGUUAAUGAAUAUGUGCUCCGGUUCAUGUCAUGUUUGCAAAAGGCUGUUGGUUCCGUGUUGACAGAAAAUGAGCUCGUGAUAUGGAAUAAAAAAAUCCAUAAAAAAAUGGUACAGACACCUUAUGGCGGAAAACUUUUUAUAGAACUCCCAGGCGGAACACAGGUGACGUUGCAUUUGAAGGAUAAGAAGAAGAUAAUGGCCAGAAAACGUUGGUCUCAGGUGCUGUAUAUGUACUAUUGUUUGGUGUACAAAAUGGGGAAGGCCUAUCCAAAAAAGUUCAAAGACAUGCUGAAGAACACAUUCAUUUUAACCCUUGACGGUGAUGUAGACUUUGAGCCGGAGUCAGUCCUACGAAUGAUGGAUCGCAUGAAGAUGAACAGCCGUGUCGGAGCAGUUUGUGGUAGAAUUCAUCCCAUAGGAUCAGGUCCAAUGGUCUGGUACCAACAAUUCGAAUAUGCAGUCGGACACUGGCUUCAAAAAGCAAGCGAACAUAUCUUUGGUUCUGUGCUCUGUUGUCCUGGAUGCUUUUCUAUAUUUCGAGCAUCUGCCCUAGUUGACGAUAAUGUCUUGAAAACGUACACCAGAGAGCCAGAGGAGGGAAUUCACCUUGUGCAGUUUGAACAAGGCGAGGACAGAUGGCUUUGCACCCUGCUCCUUAAACAAGGAUACAAGAUAGACUACUGCGCAGCCUCAGAUGCAAAAACGUUUGCACCAGAAAACUUUUGGGACUUUUUUGUACAACGACGGCGCUGGUCACCAUCAACAAUGGCAAACAUGAUGGACUUGGUCCAUUCUUGGAAACAACUAGUCCAAAACAACAGAGAAAUCAACCAUUUCUUUAUGCUUUAUCAAUUGGUGCUUGUUAUAACAAGUGUAUUAGCUCCUGGAACUGUCCUUGUUGUGAUAGCCGGGUCAUUCAGUACAGUAUUAGGUUUAACGCCAUGGUAUGCCUUUUUCGUUGCCGUGACUCCGGUAGUUUUGUUCGCAGUUUUAUGCCUGACAGUGUCUCAGAAAAUACAACUCAAUGUAGCCGCAAUACUAAGCACAGCAUAUACAUUUGUAAUGGUUAUUGUAACAAUCGGCACAAUGUUAAACAUCGCAAACGAGACAGUUCUUUCUCCUACCGUGAUUUUCCUCAUAUUUGUCAGUCUAGUAUUCCUGAUAUCUGCUUUGCUUCACCCUCAAGAGUUCACAUGCUUGUUUCCUGGCUUGCUUUAUUUCGUUUCUGUGCCUUCUACAUUUAUUUUUCUGACAGUGUUUUACGUGUGCAAUCUACAUGACGUCAGUUGGGGUACUCGUGAAUCCAAAUCACAAUCAACCCAGUCUGAAGUAAAAAGUGGAAAGAAGAAAUCGUUUGUGCGUUUGCUUUUCACUCUUGUUCAACAUUUCAUGCAGGCAAAACUCGCUGAAAUUAACUCCAAAGGUUCAAUUUUGGACCAGAUUGAGAGACAACAAUGCGAACAAGAUGUGGAAAAAAUAGAAUAUAAAGACGAUAGCUACUGGAUAAAGGUACAAUUAACAGACUCAAAAGACAAGUUUGAAACAAUUCAACUCAAGAAAGAAGAGGAGGUAUUUUGGACAACAUUUAUUAACAAGUAUUUGAAACCACUAGAAAGCAAUACGAAACUUCAAGAAAAAUUUAAUAGUGAAUUAAUGGCGUUAAGGAACAACUGCGUGUACGGUUUCUUUAUGUUGAACUUUAUGCUAGCAUUAGCUCUGUUGCAAUUACAAAUAAGCAAAGAAAGGUUAGAUAGGUUUUAUAUCGCGGGAAAAUAUGAACCAUUAUCAAUAAUUUUUCUGUCAAUUUUUGCAAUUUUACUUUUGAUCCAAUUCAUCUUGAUGCUUUUUCAUCGAUGGAAAACUUUCUGCCAUAUUAUUUCAAGCACUGAGGUGUUUGGGUGCUGCUGUUUAAAACGAACAAAGACUAAAGCGCAAGAAUUUGAAGAACACAUGAAAGAGUUAGAGCAUGAUUUAGGGGAAGGUGAAGAAUCAGAUAAGCCGCCGCCUGAUUAUAUAAGUGAGCAUGUUGUGUAUCAUAACGACUGCUAUGAUGAAACUGAUGAAGCUAAGGCAUCUCCUUCAUCAAGUAGACAAGAAUCAAGGAAAUUCAAUAUUUACCGCCACAGAAUACAAAGCGUGCGCAAAUACACAAGAUGUUAGAAACAAAUGAAAGAGUUUGAGCAUGAUUUAGGGGAAGAGGUAGAAUCUGAUGAGCCGCCGCCUGAUUAUUUGAGUGAGCCAAAUGUUGAACAUAACGACAGCGAUGAUGAACCUUCAUUAAGAUAACCAAACUCAAGGAAAAACGUUUUUACUGGCACAGAAUACAAUGUGUGCGCAAUAGAAAAAAUGCUAUUGUUGAUGGUUGUUUUUAAGACCUGGAGUGAAAUACACUUACGGCAAUAUUCAUGGGGAGAAAUAAUUCAGAUAAGCGGAUACAAUAAACAAUGAUAAUAUAUCCAGCAUUGGAAGCAAAAACUACAUCCACGUUAAACAAUAUUGUAUGUGCGUAUCUAUCCGUUAUCUGUUCCUUUUUAUUUAUGGUUUAUUUUUCAUGCUUGUGCGGUCAGUUUGUGGUAUUUGUAUUUAUGUAUGUGGUGUUAACAUGUGUGGUCCUUUGUUCAUUGUCGUUUGGGCACUUGCCUUGUGCCUCUAAACAAAGUUUAUUUAACAAAUAUUUUCUUGACUACUGAGCUUGUCCCUGUUAUUUUCACUGUAUUAUUAUAAAAUAGCACUAAACGUUAGCUAAUAAACUCAUGUUUGAAACAUUUUAAUUUUUAUUUCGCUUUAUACUUAUAUCUGAAUCUCAAAAUGUGCAGUUGUUUUUAUUUGAUAUUCAUUUUAAAUUAUGUAUGGUUCAUUAAAGCGUGCAAACAUU